CAUCCAUCAUCUGUCCAUACAAUCAAUACACCACCUCACUCACUCUUCUUCGCCUUCUCUAUUAUCAUACAUACAUACAUACAUAAACAACCUUACCAGGCAACCAUCGGGGGUUUCAUCUUGGUUCUUUCAUUCGAUCAACUCCUCUUUUCCAUAAGUCAGUCCAUCGACCGUUAACUGUUUCCAGCCUUGGACCCUGCCAUUGCCGUGUUCGUCUGCCUAAAGCCGAUCGAUCACUAUGAGACCGAGCCGGAGACGGUCAACAUCAACAACUUGCGAUUCGGCUGGUCGCAUAACCGCCAAUCUUGUUCUAUCUUUCCUAGCCAUAUCCGCCGCUUCUCCCGCGGCUGCCUCUAUAUACAACACCGAUUCCAUAUUCUCAGAUACUCCGAUAUUAGGCCCGUUAGUGCCGGAACCCCCUUCUCCUGCUGACCACACCUUCACUCUUCGUCAUAUCCUCCAUCACGGAACCUAUCAACACCCUGGACUCCAUCGAAAACGGGACGUCCACCACUCAGAGGCCCAAGUAUGGCUCGCCGCCGAAGAUGGCCAUCCUGCUGAACAGAUCACGGCCCUAAAGGCCAAGAGCCGUGCCCAGAGGAUAGAACGCUUGGUUGAUAGACGGCCAAGCACCGUGGACCCUUUGGUUGCUGCAGCCCGCCAGCGAGGCUAUGUGUUUGCGAGCUCCCCGUCCGCCUGGACCAUUGACGAUGUGCCCGCCCCUGACGUUACCGAUAAGGAGACUGUCCUCACCAUGGCUUUGAUAGUGGCGAACGCCUACGUGGAGUCACCCGCAUUACCAGACUGGGACGAGGUUGGCGAACCGUUUAACCGAUCUGCCGAUUUCGGCUGGGAGUCGGAUGGGCUACGUGGGCACAUUUGGGCUGAUGAGACUAAUUCGACCAUCGUCAUCGGUCUAAAGGGCACCUCGCCCGCUGUGUUUGAUGGCGAAGGGACAACCACAAACGACAAAAUUAAUGAUAACCUUUUUUUUAGCUGUUGCUGCGGCCAGCAGGGUCAGUGGACCUAUAAGCAGGUUUGCGAUUGUGCUACGGGAACAUACAGGUGUAACAACACUUGUGUCCGAAAAGCCUUGACCGAAGAAAAUCGCUACUACCAGGCCGCUAGGGAGCUCUUCGCUAACGUAACCGAACUUUACCCAAACACCAACAUCUGGGUUGCCGGUCACUCACUUGGCGGCGCCGUCAGUUCUAUGGUUGGUCUCACCUACGGCGUACCCGUCGUUACAUUCGAAGCUGUUCCAGAAGCACUAGCGGCCUCGCGUCUCGGGCUACCCAUCCCUCCCCACGCUGACCCUGAGUUCCCUCAAACCCGUCAGUAUACGGGAGCAUACCACUUCGGUCAUACCGCGGAUCCCAUUUACGUCGGUACAUGCAAUGGUGCCACCGCGUCAUGCUCCUAUGGUGGCUAUGCCUUGGAAACGGCUUGCCAUGCAGGGUAUGAAUGCACUUAUGAUACCGUAGCUGACCAUGGCUGGCGUGUGGGGAUUGGCACUCAUAAGAUUCGUUCAGUGAUCAACGACGUGAUCAAGAAGUAUGAUACGGUGCCAGAAUGCCAAUACACUCCGGAGUGCCGAGACUGCGCGUCAUGGAAGAUGUAUGAAAGCAAUAGCACAGAUGGAACAACAACAACCACAAGUAGCUCGACGUCCACUAAGACUCGCACUCGUACGGCGACCUGCGAGACUCCUGGAUGGUGGGGCUGUAAUGAUAAGACUACGACUGACGCGACGACCACUACAACUUCCGAAACCACAUCAACAUCGACGUGUAAGACCCCGGGUUGGUUUGGUUGUAAUGAUAAAACCACAACCACAGAGACAACGUCCUCUCAGACUACCCCGACCAUUACUUCAACGACGACGUGUGCUACACCUGGUUGGUUUGGGUGCAAUGACGAGACAAGCACCAAUUCCCCCCAUAGUACCGCCACUGCUACGUCGACAAGUUGUGCUACACCAGGCUGGUUCGGCUGUAAAGACACAACUACCAGAACGCCGACAACAACUACACAGUCUCACGAGAUCACAUCACCACCACCCAUGCCUACAGAUACCUCUACUGGACAAUUACCAGUCACUGUCCCGCCAAAAUCACAUUGCAUUGAAAGACAUUGGUACGGAACAUGUAAGAAGUGGGCACCAGAUGGCGAAGCAAACGCGCCCGGAAGGUGGGAGAAUGAUGAGAUUUAGGAAAGACACUUUGCAUUUGCAUUCUUUCACAAAUUAGAUGGUUAUUACGAGCUUUUGUACAUACACAUAACCUACAUUUUAGAUAACGAGGCCGGCGAGUCAACGACAAUCAACGCAUUUACAUAUAUAUAUAACUACAUAUUUUUUCUAGAAUAUUAAAGUAAUCACAUGGGAUAUGGU